GGAGCCGCGGCGCGCGCCCCGCAGCCGCCCCUCAGGCAGGCCCGGCAGCUGGGCCUGGCGCCCCUGCUAGGUCUCCACCCUCACCUUGGCCGCCUCCUCCCCUCCACAUUCGCCCUUCAUCCAUCCCUCUCUCCUGCAGUGCUUGCGCUCCAGGCCCGAAAGAAAAGGACCAAGGCCAAGAAGGACAAAGCCCAAAGGAAAUCUGAGACUCAGCACCGAGGCUCUGCUCCCCACUCUGAGAGUGAUCUUCCAGAGCAAGAAGAGGAGAUACUGGGAUCCGAUGAUGAUGAGCAGGAAGACCCUAACGAUUACUGUAAAGGAGGUUAUCAUCUUGUGAAAAUUGGAGAUCUGUUUAAUGGGAGAUAUCAUGUGAUCCGGAAGUUGGGCUGGGGACACUUUUCAACAGUGUGGUUAUCAUGGGAUAUUCAGGGGAAGAAGUUUGUGGCAAUGAAAGUAGUUAAAAGUGCUGAACAUUAUACCGAAACAGCACUAGAUGAAAUCCGGUUGCUGAAAUCAGUUCGCAAUUCAGAUCCUAGUGAUCCAAACAGAGAAAUGGUUGUUCAACUACUGGAUGACUUUAAAAUAUCGGGAGUUAAUGGAACACACAUCUGCAUGGUGUUUGAAGUUCUGGGGCAUCACCUACUCAAGUGGAUCAUCAAGUCCAACUACCAGGGGCUUCCACUGCCUUGUGUCAGAAAAAUCAUUCAGCAAGUGUUACAAGGUCUGGAUUACUUACACACUAAGUGCCGUAUCAUCCACACUGACAUUAAACCAGAAAACAUCUUAUUAUCAGUGAACGAGCAAUACAUUCGGAGGUUGGCUGCAGAAGCAACGGAAUGGCAGCGAUCCGGAGCUCCUCCACCUUCUGGAUCUGCAGUCAGUACUGCUCCCCAACCUAAACCAGCUGACAAAAUGUCAAAGAAUAAGAAGAAGAAAUUGAAGAAGAAGCAGAAGCGCCAGGCAGAAUUACUAGAGAAGCGAAUGCAGGAAAUUGAGGAAAUGGAAAAAGAGUCGGGCCCUGGGCAAAAAAGACCAAACAAGAAAGAAGAAUCAGAGAGUCCUGUUGAAAGACCCUUGAAAGAGAACCCACCUAAUAAAAUGACCCAAGAAAAACUUGGUAUAAAUAGAACAUCACAAAAAUUACUUCAUGGCACACAAGAGUCAAGUACCAUUGGCCAGGAUCAAACACUUAUGGAACGUGGUGUAGAGGGUGGUGCAACAGAAAUUAAUUGCAAUGGAGUCAUUGAAAUCGUUAAUUAUACUGAAAAUGGUAAUGAAACAUUGAGGCUUAAAGAGGAUCUACAUAAUGCUAAUGACUGUGGUGUCCAAAAUUUGAAGCAGGAACCUAGAUUCCUAAACUCCCAAAAUGGAGACAGUAGCACAUCUCAAGAAACAGACUCUUGUACACCUAUAACCUCCGAGGUGUCCGAUACCAUGGUAUGCCAGUCUUCCUCAACUGUAGACCAGUCUUUCAGUGAGCAGGACAUCAGCCAACUUCAAGAGAGCAUUCGAGCAGAAAUACCCUGUGAGGACGAACAGGAGCAAGAACAUAACGGACCACUGGACAGCAAAGGAAAAUCCACUGCUGGAAAUUUUCUCGUUAACCCCCUUGAGCCAAAAAAUGCAGAAAAACUUAAAGUGAAGAUUGCUGACCUUGGAAAUGCCUGUUGGGUGCACAAACAUUUCACUGAAGAUAUUCAAACAAGGCAGUACCGCUCCCUGGAAGUGCUAAUAGGAUCUGGCUACAACACCCCUGCUGACAUCUGGAGCACGGCAUGCAUGGCCUUUGAACUGGCCACAGGUGACUACUUGUUUGAACCUCAUUCAGGGGAAGAGUACACUCGAGAUGAAGACCACAUUGCGCAUAUUAUAGAGCUGAUAGGCAGAAUUCCAAGACGCUUUGCCCUCAGUGGGGAAUAUUCACAGGACUUCUUCAAUCGCAGAGAUCACAUUGCAUUGAUCAUAGAACUUCUGGGGAAGGUGCCUCGCAAGCUCAUUGUGGCAGGAAAAUAUUCCAAGGAGUUUUUCACCAAAAAAGGUGACCUGAAACACAUCACGAAGCUGAAACCCUGGGGCCUUUUUGAGGUUCUAGUGGAGAAGUAUGAGUGGUCUCAGGAAGAGGCAGCUGGUUUCACGGAUUUCUUACUGCCCAUGUUGGAGUUGAUCCCUGAGAAGAGAGCCACCGCUGCUGAAUGCCUCCGGCACCCCUGGCUCAACUCCUAAGUCCCUGCCCGGUGCCGCAGCAGAGAUCACACUGACCCUCCACCCUUCCUCUCCGAGCAUUUCCCUCUUCCCUUUUCAGGGUGAAGCUCUUCCUUCAGGAGUUUCUAGAUUUUUUUUCCCUAAUCCAACAUGUUCAUUUGGGUUUGCUUACUUGACCCUGUGGAGAUCCCCACAGCCAUUGGGCAUCCUAGGUGAAUCUGGCCUUGGUUGGGCUCUGCCAAAGACAGUGGACUAAGUGUGAAGCAGCCUCUCACCCUAUACCCUUGCCUUUCCAUCAGGACAUUCUUUAAACUAUAAGCAUCCUUUUUAAAAAGAGGUAUGAAGAUGUAUGAAUCCAUCCUUUUAUUCACUGACUCUAAGAGUCAACUUUUCUAGUGCAUAUCCUCUUGCCAGCAUAAGGAUGAGGAGGGGAAGGAAGGGGUGUUAAUUCCUUGUACAGCAGAAACAUUAAACUUGCUGUAUCCAGGCUGCGUCAUCUUCCUGGAUUGUUUCUGUUGUUCUUUAUGUUCACAUUUCUUCCUGCGGCUUUUAAGCUAUUUACCUUUUUAAAUGAGCUGUAUAAACACCGAAUUUGAAUACCAUUUUAUCACUGUUCAAAAGCACCGUCAAAUUACUUUCAUCCUUUAAUAAUUCUAAGUUCCUUGAAUCUUCGGUCUGAUUUUUAAUAUAAACACAGAUGGAACCAUUGAAUAAUAGUUUCUUGAGAACCUCGGGUGUUCUGCAAGUAGUCCUUUUCUGUUACCUUAAGAGCAGAGUGAUUUUGACUGCUUUAUUUUGUGUUCUUUCAGUCUUUGGCUGGCACUUUACUCAUUGCACUUGAGUGCCCCAUAACUGUGGAGUUGAGAUGACUCCAGAAAGGAAAUCUAGGCUUCAGACCUUUCCAUCUACCAAGAAAAUGUCCUAGAAUUCCAGUUCUUUCCCAAGCAGUCUCCCUGCUUUUUUUUUCCACAUUUUUCUUUACCUUGCCCAAAUUUCUGGCCUUGAAGCAGUUUCCUUCUGUGACUUUGCCUUUCUCAUUUUCUCAGAGCCUUGGGAUCUUUACUAAAACUCUGGAUAAAAGAACCAAGGGGAGGGGUGGGACAACACUUUUUUGGUUGGAUUUUUUCCCCCUUUGAUUUUUAAGAUUAGCCAGUCUCUGCUGCUAUUUCCUUGCAUAAAGUAAGUUUUUAACCACCAUUUUGAGAUGAUUGAGAUGUACGUGAGGCCUUUUUUUAUAUAUAUGAGAAAAGGCUUGGCGAGUUUUAUUUUAGGGUUAGCCUCUCCUAGACUUGCCCUAGACAGUACAUAUCCCUCGGGUAACACUGAAAAGCAAGAGGGCAGGAUUGGGGUCACAGCCGCUUGCUCAGCAUGGACCAAGUGGGCCUUGGGAAUUACAGCAUUCUCUGGACAUGGCUACAGGACUCUCUUAAUUUACAGAGAGCCAAGGAGAUGCAACUUGAGGCUCUACUAACGGGAUAAUCAAUGAGGCUGUUGGGUAACCACCUUUCUAUAUGGGAGAGUGAAAUCUAGUUUCUAGUUACCCACCAACAGCGACCCAAGGAAAAAGCGAUGCCAUUGUGCAAUCCAUGAACCCAUACAUAGUUACACUGAGUCACUGGCCAUUCAUCGGAUCCUUAAUUGGGUACUCCUGAAAUCAGACAUGUUCCUGUAGAAAGAAUUUUAAAUGAAGCUGUCUAUGCACCUAUCAAGACUAAAGAGAACAGACUGUAUCAAACAACGGCAGGGAAAUCCUUCAGCAAUCUAAUCUAUUUUGGGUUUUCAGCUGUAUUUACUUCUGAAGCAAUAGCGGACCAGAACUGAAUUCUCUUCUACAUUGUAAAAUCACAGUUGUGGAGUUACAGCAAUUCUGGUGGUGAUUUUUAAAAUGAGCUAACCAAGAAACAUACAAAGAGAAGGCCCAUUUUAACAGUUGACAUGCCAAGAAAUUUUAGUAGGAGAAGGAACCUUUAACUUCACGUUGGAAAAGUUUCCCCACCAAAUAAGGGCUUUACCCCCUGUCACUUAAGGAGCCAGAUGACUGAGAAGAUGUGGAAAGAGGCAGCUGUAGAACUUGGUCUUCCAGGUACCAUGUGUACCUUUUUUGAGCUUAAUCAUAAUACUGUCAAAUCGUCAGGAUCUCACUAAAGGAUUUCUAUUUGCUGUCAGUUAAAAAUAAAACCCUGAAUACAUUUUUAUUCUUUCUACUGAGUACAUUGUCUGUUUUCUUUGGAAAUGCAGUACAAUAAACAAUUAUAUAAUAA